AUGGAGAGCGCAUUCGCCUCGCCCACCGAAAAGGUCCUCUCGACUCUGGGAGUGAAUCCUGAUACUGGUCUGACCGAUGAUCAAGUCAUUGCAUCGCGGACUAAGCAUGGCAAGAAUGUCAUCCCCGAAGAACCCCCCACGCCCCUCUGGGAGCUCAUCCUUGAGCAGUUCAAGGACCAGCUCGUGAUUAUCCUCCUCGGAUCUGCCGCCGUUUCCUUCGUGCUCGCUCUGUUCGAUGAUGAGGAAGGCUGGAGCGCUUUCGUCGACCCAGCAGUGAUCCUGACCAUUCUGAUCCUCAACGCCGUCGUUGGUGUCUCACAAGAGAGCAGCGCCGAGAAAGCCAUCGCCGCCCUGCAAGAGUACUCCGCCAACGAGGCCAACGUCAUCCGCAACGGCCAAAUCUCUCGUGUCAAGGCCGAGGACCUUGUGCCCGGUGACAUCGUUUCUGUCCACAUUGGUGAUCGCAUUCCUGCCGAUUGUAGACUGGUUACCAUCGAGAGCAACAGCUUCAACGUCGACCAGGCUAUCUUGACUGGAGAGAGUGAAAGUGUUGGCAAGGACUGCGACCAUGUCGUUAAAGACGAGAAGGCCGUCUUGCAGGACCAGAUCAACAUGUUGUUCUCCGGAACCACUGUUGUUACUGGUCGCGCCAAGGCUGUCGUCGUCUUGACCGGUUCCCAGACUGCCAUAGGCGACAUUCACGAGAGCAUCACUGCCCAGAUCUCCGAGCCAACUCCUCUCAAGCAAAAGCUCAACGACUUUGGUGACAGCCUUGCCAAGGUCAUUACAGUUAUUUGCAUUCUGGUCUGGCUUAUCAACAUCCCCCACUUCAGUGACCCCAGCCACGGUUCUUUUACCAAGGGCGCCAUCUACUACCUGAAGAUUGCCGUCUCCCUUGGUGUUGCCGCUAUUCCUGAAGGUCUUGCUGUUGUCAUCACCACCUGCUUGGCGCUUGGUACUCGCAAGAUGGCUGCCAAGAAUGCCGUGGUCCGAAGCCUGCCGUCCGUCGAAACUUUGGGAAGCUGCAGCGUUAUCUGUUCUGACAAGACUGGUACAUUGACCACCAACCAGAUGAGUGUCAGCAAGCUCGUCUACCUAAGCGAGAAUGGCUCGGGUCUUGUCGAGCACGAUGUUGAGGGCACUACUUUUGCUCCUAAGGGAUCCAUCUCUCUCAGAGGCGAGACCGUUACCGACCUGACCCGUUCUUCUUCUACUGUUCGUCAGAUGACUGAGGUCGCUGCGGUUUGCAACGACUCCAAGAUCGCCUAUGAUGCCCAGAGCGCCACCUACUCCAAUGUUGGCGAGCCUACUGAGGGCGCCCUGAGAGUUCUGGUAGAGAAACUAGGACCUUGUGCGCCUCCUGGCAGCAACCCUGAAGACUGUGUACACUACGCCAGCGCUCAGUACGAGAGCCGACUUCCCCGCCUGUCUACCUUCGAAUUCUCCAGAGAUCGUAAGAGCAUGUCUGUUCUUGUUCAGAACGGCCAAGAGAAGAAGCUCCUCGUCAAGGGUGCUCCCGAGUCUGUCAUUGAACGAUGCUCGCACGCCCUUGUUGGUGCUGACGGAAAGCGCCAACCUUUGAACGGCAAGCUCUCGGAUUUGAUCGCCAAGGAAGUUGUUGACUACGGCAACCGCGGUCUUCGUGUCAUUGCCCUCGCCAGCAUUGACAACAUCGGCGAGAAUCCUCUGUUGAAGUCGGCCAAGACUACUGCCCAGUAUGCCCAGAUCGAGCAGAACAUGACCUUCCUUGGAUUGGUCGGUAUGCUUGAUCCCCCUCGCCCCGAGGUCAAGGCCUCUAUCCGCAAGUGCAAGGAUGCCGGAAUCCGCGUUAUCGUCAUCACCGGAGACAACCGCAACACUGCUGAGAGCAUCUGCCGACAGAUUGGUGUCUUUGACGAAUACGAGGAUCUCAAGGGCAAGAGCUACACUGGUAGAGAAUUUGAGAACCUCAGCGAAAGCGAGGCUAUCGUGGCCGCCAAGAACGCAUCUCUCUUCUCUCGUGUCGAACCCAGCCACAAGUCCAAGCUUGUUGACCUACUCCAGCAACAGGGAGAGGUUGUGGCCAUGACCGGUGACGGUGUCAACGACGCACCCGCCCUCAAGAAGGCCGAUAUUGGUGUCGCCAUGGGUUCCGGUACUGAUGUGUCCAAGCUUGCUGCCGACAUGGUGCUUGCCGAUGACAACUUCGCCACGAUCGAGGUUGCCAUUGAGGAGGGACGUUCCAUCUACAACAACACCCAGCAGUUCAUUCGCUACCUCAUCUCUUCCAACAUUGGCGAAGUCGUCUCCAUCUUCCUCACUGCUGCCCUUGGCAUGCCCGAGGCAUUGAUCCCUGUCCAGCUUCUCUGGGUCAACCUGGUUACCGAUGGUCUUCCCGCCACUGCCUUGUCGUUCAACCCCCCUGACCACGAGAUCAUGAAGCGCCAGCCCAGAAAGCGUGACGAGCCUCUCAUCGGCGGCUGGCUCUUCCUUCGUUACCUCAUCAUCGGUACCUACGUAGGUGUGGCUACUGUCGCCGGCUACGCUUGGUGGUUCAUGUACAACCCUGAGGGUCCUCAGAUCACUUUCUCUCACCUCUCCCGCUUCCACCGCUGCUCCACCGACUUCCCGGAAAUCGGCUGCCAGAUGUUCUCAAACAGCUCUGCCAAGUCUGCCUCGACGGUUUCGCUCUCGAUUUUGGUCGUCAUUGAGAUGUUCAACGCCAUGAACGCGCUGUCCUCCAGCGAGUCUCUCUUGACUCUGCCUCUCUGGGCCAACAUGAAGCUUGUCUACGCCAUCACCCUUUCCAUGGCUCUUCACUUUGCCCUCCUCUACACUCCUUUCCUCCAGAACCUGUUCUCCAUUCUCCCCCUGAACUGGAACGAGUGGAAGGCGGUCUUGUACAUCAGCGCCCCUGUCGUCCUCAUCGACGAGGUUCUCAAGGCCGUUGAGAGAUCUUUCUUCAGUCAGAAGAAGACGGUCCAGUCCUCCAAGGGAAAGAAGGAGAAUUAG